CUAUCACCCGUCCUCUGAUUUCUCCGGACUCUUGAUAACUUGCAGUUUGUCUUUUCCGUAUCGCUGGCGCCUACAUUUUAAUUCUCUCGUUCCGCCAUUCGUUCGUUACAUUUUCUGAACGAGCUGGAAAGAGAGAGACUUGUAGGUUUGCUGGAGAGAAUUUCAAUCUUGAUUGCACUGAAACGUCCCCGACACAGUAGCGGUAAGUUGUUUCCUAUCACAGUGAAGCUAGGCUGUUUUUCGCGCGGAGGUCAAAGUUGUGUCGUUUUGAAAUAAAACCGGCCGACCUGGAUCAUCUUUUUGGUGACUAAAGUCAAAAUUUUGGAUUAAAUUCAACUAUAAUCUGUAAAACUUGCGUUUCAAAAUGGCUUUGAGAUGGUCGCUGGAGGAGGCUUUGCGAGUGUUCAAAUUACCGAUGGCAGACUUGAUGUAUCAGGCCCAGUCUACCCACCGGGCCAACUUCAACCCUAACGAAAUGCAAAUCAGCACGCUUCUGAGCAUCAAGACGGGCGCUUGCCCAGAAAACUGCUCGUACUGUCCCCAGUCAGCCUACUACAAAACGGAGAUCAAGAAGGAGCCUCUGAUGGAUUUAGCGGAGGUUGUUGCCGCCGCGAAGGCAGCCAAAGAGGGUGGAAGUACCCGUUUCUGCAUGGGUGCUGCUUGGCGUGGACCCACUGACAGGAAUCUCCCGUUGGUCUGUGAUAUGGUCAAAGAGGUGAAGAAGUUGGGUCUAGAGACUUGCGUUACAUUAGGACUUCUGAAGGACCGCCACGCGGUACAACUAAAAGAGGCCGGACUGGACUUCUACAACCACAACAUCGACACGUCGCCGGAGUACUACAAGAAGAUCAUCUCGACGAGGACUUUCGAGGAUCGAAUCCGGACCCUGGAGCACGUGCGCAACGCCGGGAUCAAGGUCUGCUGCGGCGGGAUCCUCGGGAUGGGCGAGAACACCGAGGACCGGAUCAAGAUGCUCCUGGUGUUGGCGAACCUGGAGGAGCCUCCUGAAUCAGUCCCGAUCAAUCAGCUGAUUCCGAUCCCUGGGACUCCACUCGCCGAUGCGGAUCCCGUCGAGGGCACCGACUUCGUGCGGACCAUCGCUCUCACCCGGGUCAUGAUGCCCAAGGCCUACAUCCGUCUCUCCGCCGGCCGGGAGAACAUGUCCGAGGAGAUGCAGACGCUCUGUUUUUUGGCGGGAGUCAACUCUAUCUUCUACGGCGAGAAGCUCCUCACGGCCAAGAACUUCCAGCCGAGCAAGGACGAUCAGUUACUCAGUAAGCUCGGCUUCAAGAAGAUGGAGAUCGAUGAGACGCCGGCCAGCAGUCAGUGUAAGGAGGCGGCCAUUGGGUGAUUUAGACUAGUUCUUUGACAACAAUUGAAUCAGUGAGAACGAAAACACACCAACUCAAUCACUCGAAAAUGCUCAAUUUCCAUUGAAGACACUUGACUUACAUAAAGGUCAUUGCAGUUAGCGCAUCUGUUCCAACUUGGACCUUGAAAGUGUACAUAAGUGCUUGUGUCUUGGCAGCAAACAUAUUUUUCUGAAACUAACUUCUUCACCUACUGUACAGUUUUGUGUGUGUCUUGAUUAUUUUAAUUUUUCCGAGUUGGUGUGUUUUCGUUCUCACUGAUUAAAUUCAGAUUACGGUUCUAGACAGGGUCAUCCGAAAGUCCCGCACCAACCCUGUGACCCCUAACAAUCUUGUUAAGGUUUGUGCCCUUUUUCAAGAUGGUCCCUGUAUUUUAGACAAACUGAUUGCGGUACUGCCGUACUGAGGAAGAACGCCGUAUGAACAUUCGAGAGUUGUCAAAUUUCUCCGAAUAAAACGUGUAUUUUUGAGGAAAGUUAUGCGUAUUUUUCCUCGAAAUUUUGUGAUAUUUCGGAUUAUCUCGGGAACGAAAUUGUCUGAAAAAUUGGAAGAAAAAUAUUCAGAAUUUAACGAGUGAAUUUGUUGGUUAUUAAGGGAAAUAUGGCAACGCCUGAAGGCUCAUACGGAGUUUUUCGUUAGCACGGUAGUGCAGUAGACGCACGAGUCAUUCAGCCAGAAAGUUGAUGAUGUAGCCAAGAGCUUUAUGCUGAUUUUUAACGCACAUUGGCUACGCCACCAACUCCCUGGCUUUAUUUUAGAGGUUUCCGAAAGUCAUUUCUUUUGCCCUUGGACACUCACAAAAUUUCAAGUCUUAUUCUCAGUUUGUUCAAAAGGUACGGGAGUGAUUUCUGAUGCUCAGGAGCGAGGCGUGAAUGACCGAUUUUCAAUAUUUUCCCAUUUGAGGCCACGGCAAAGAAUUUAGAUUAUUAAGGUGUUCGUUGCGGACGCCCUAUUAAACGAUUCUUGUCAAUAGGUUUAAAUGUCAGAUCAAUCGAUAUGCCGCGAAACACGCCACGCUACCUCUAUUGCUAGUGGUGUGGGACUUUAGGAUCAUCCUGUAUGCGUAUGGAAGCAUAUCGGGAUGGCAAAAGUGCAAAACCUCGUAUCUCUGUUCCUGACGUUGCUGAUUUCCUUUGAACUAGGCAACAUAAUUUCACGAAAACUUCCUCGAUUCUUCUCCUCUGUUGCUGCAAGGUUGGCUUGUUUUUCUUCGAGAGAAUGAAAGAGGAGCGGAAAUUUUGCAACACCGUGGUUUCGCACUUUGGCCAUCGAUAUAAGAUCAAAAAGACAUGGGAAGAGAGUAUUCCUCUUCACGCAGGCGCUUUUUGACGAACCUAACGUGAAAAAACUCGUAAAUAUCGCCUCACAAGCAGCAACCGAAGAAAAAAAAUAACAUUACUUCUCGCGAGUACUUACUACUAAUACUCACUAGACCUACUUUAGGUCUAGAUCCCUAGUUCGGAACAAUCAAGAGCCACAUAGAAAAUAACAAAACUAGUAUUCCUCCUAAUAUGAAAUUGUUCAAUUUGUAUGGUUUGAAUUGUGUGAUAAAAGUGAGAAUGGAUAAACUUCAGAUUUUUAACAUACUUUUGGACGAAUAACUAAACUAUAAUCUGUUAGUAAGAAGCUCAUGAGAAUGAGGAGCUUUUGAAACAUUUUAUAAUGAAAGCCCGUGAACUUAGCUCCUCUACCUAUGAAUUUUAAUAUUUUUUCAUUUUGUUCCGCAACUAAUUGCUCACGUCCAAAAAUCAUAUAAUUGUUCCUUUUAAUAGGCUUGUGUCUCACUAACCUUUAAGAGAGAACAAUGUCAAAAAUGAUGCACAAUAACUAAGACAAUUCGAUAAUGUAUCAAUGUGACUAAUUUUUAUCUGUUUGUUCGUAAAAUUUAUGCAACCAAUAUUUACUUACCUA